GCGCAGGCCGUCAGCAGGGGGAGAUUAGGGGGCUCGAUUUACAUUAUGCAAAAGCUCCACCCCGGCCGCCUCGAGAUGGGAAGUCAGAUACCGCGAAUCCAGGGCCAUCUCUCCGGAAAUCCACCUAGGAUUUAUUUUUUCCUGCAGAAAAAGCUCCAGGACUGACGUUUUAAACAAAAUCGGCCUAUUUGCAUACCCUCCGUUUGCAUGCAUUUGUCUCUGAGCUGAAGGGAGCGACCCUGUGUCACAAGGCCAAGCCAGGGUGAUUCACUCAGGAUGAUUUCUAUUUGAGGACUUGGGGUUGGGGUGGCGGGCUGUGUACGAGUUUAACUCAAAGUCUGUCUCAUUCGGUAAACUGAGGCCCAGGUCAAAAGUUCUAAAACCCGCAGCUCCUUGAUAGCAGCCUUCCACAUUCUGUUCCUCAGAGACCCCAGAGAAGCUGAGUCCCCGCCUCCCUCCGCCUCCCCAAAAUACCAUGGCUCCCUUUCUGAGCCAGGUGAAGCCACAGGCACCGGAGCAAGGACAGAACCCACAACCGUCCAGAGGAAGGGUCAGGGGUGCCGCCUGGUUGGCACCUGUGUUUUCACCCUGCUCAGUUCCUGAGUAGGACCGCAGGCCCGGAAGGCCAAGGCAAACAGCCCUACAACUCCAACAACUGGGUUCCAGUCCCUCCCCUUUCCAAGGCAUGAAGCUGGGAAGCAUCUGGGCAGCUGCCGGCCAUUCUAUUUAAACAGCCCGACCCUCUCAGAGGGGGCAGCUCGGCCAUGCCAAGUGCAGGGCCGUCUGGCCAGCAUGUUACUCUGGGAGACAUACCUGGUCAGCCUGCAGCUUUCCCUGUCCUGCUGCUGGGCCUUCAGCUGCCAAAGCACCAUGUCGUCUCCCGACUUCAGCCUCCCCGGGGACUACCUUGUUGCAGGCUUGUUUCCUCUCCACAGUGACUAUCCAGGGGUGAGACGCAGACCUACGGUGACCUUCUGUGACAGGUCCAACAACUUCAACGGCCACGGCUACCACCUCUUCCAGGCCGUGCGGUUCGGCAUUGAGGAGAUAAACAACUCCACCACCCUGCUGCCCAAUGUCACCCUGGGGUACCAGCUGUAUGACGUGUGCUCGGAGUCAGCCAACGUGUAUGCCACGCUGAGCAUCCUGAGCACGCUGGGGACACACCGCGUGGAGAUCCCAGGAAACCCCGCCCAAUCUUCCCCCAUGACCCUGGCGGUGAUUGGGCCUGACACCACCACCCAUGUCACCACCACGGCAGCCCUGCUGAGUCCCUUCCUGGUGCCCCUGGUCAGCUACGAUGCCAGCAGCGUGAUACUCAGCAUGAAGCGGCGGUACCCCUCCUUCCUGCGCACCAUCCCCAGUGAUGAGCUCCAAGUGGAGAUCUUGGUGCUGCUGCUGCAGAGGUUCGGCUGGGUCUGGAUCUCCAUGGUGGGCAGUGAGGGCGAUUAUGGGCAGCUCGGGGUGCAGGCGCUGGAGGGCCGGGCCACCCAGCAGGGCAUCUGCAUUGCCUUCAAGGACAUUGUGCCAUUCUCUGCCCAGCCGGGCGACGAGAGGAUGCAGAGCAUGAUGCGCCGCCUGGCUCAAGCGGGGACCACGGUCGUGGUGGUUUUCUCAGGCAGGCAGCUGGCCAGGGUGUUCUUCGAGUCUGUGGUGCUGGCCAACCUGACUGCCAAGGUGUGGAUCGCCUCGGAAGACUGGUCCAUCUCCAGACACAUCAGCAGUGUGCCCGGUAUCCAGGGCAUCGGCUCGGUGCUGGGCGUGUCCAUCCCGCAGAGGCUUGUCCCUGGCCUGAAGGAGUUUGAAGAGGCUUAUGUCCGGGCAGACAAAGGAACCCUCGGGCCCUGCCCCAGGGGCUCCUGGUGCAGCAGCAACCAGGUCUGUAGAGAGUGUUGGGCUCUCACAGAGAUGCCCAGACUCGGAAAGUUCUCCAUGAGCUCUGCCUACAACGCGUACCAGGCCGUCUACGCCGUGGCCCACGGCCUCCAUCAGCUCCUGGGCUGCAGCUCUGGCACCUGUGCUGGGGGCCGAGUCCACCCCUGGCAGCUUCUGGAGCAGAUCCGCAAGGUGAAUUUCCUCCUACACAAGCACACUGUGACAUUUAAAGACAACAGGGACUCCCUCGGUGGCUAUGACAUAAUUGCCUGGGAAUGGAAUGGCCCCGAAUGGACCUUCAGGGUCAUUGGCUCCUCCACAUCAUCCCCAGCUCGGCUAGACAUAAAUACAACUAAAAUCCAGUGGCAUGGAAAGGACAACCAGGUGCCUAAGUCUGUGUGUUCCAGCGACUGUCUUGAAGGGCACCAGAGAGUGGUUUGGGGUUUCCACCACUGUUGCUUUGAGUGUGUGCCCUGUGAGGCCGGGACCUUCCUCAACAAGAGUGACUUCUACCGCUGCCAGCCUUGCGGGAAAGAAGAGUGGGCACCCGAGGGAAGCCAGACCUGCUUCCCACGCACUGUGGUGUUUUUGACUUGGCAUGAACCCAUCUCUUUGGUCCUGUUGGCAGCUAAUACGCUGCUGCUGGUGGUGGUGGCUGGGACUGCUGGCCUGUUUGCUUGGCACCUUGACACCCCCGUGGUGAAGUCAGCUGGGGGCCGACUGUGCUUCCUCAUGCUGGGCUCCCUGGCAGGGGGCAGCUUGGGCCUCUAUGGCUUCUUUGGGGAACCCACGCGGCCCACAUGCUUGCUGCGCCAAGGCCUCUUUGCCCUCAGUUUUGCCAUCUUCUUGUCCUGCCUGACAAUCCGCUCCUUCCAACUUGUCUUCAUCUUCAAGUUUUCUGCCAAGGUACCCACCUUCUUCCGUGCGUGGGUCCAAAACCAUGGUGCUGGCCUGUUUGUGGUGAUCAGCUCGACAGUCCAGCUGCUUAUCUGUCUAAUUUGGUUUGCAGUGUGGACCCCACUGCCCACCAGGGAAUACCAGCGCUUCCCUCAGCUGGUGGUGCUAGAUUGCACAGAGGCUAACUCACUGGGCUUCAUGCUGGCUUUUGCCUACAAUGGCCUCCUCUCUGUCAGCGCCUUUGCCUGCAGCUACCUGGGCAAGGACCUGCCAGAGAACUACAACGAGGCAAAAUGUGUCACCUUCAGCCUGCUCCUCAACUUUGUGUCCUGGAUUGCCUUCUUCACAGUGGCCAGUGUCUACCAGGGCCAGUAUCUACCUGCAGUCAACGUGCUGGCCGCGCUGAGCAGCCUGAGUGGCGACUUCAGCGGUUACUUCCUCCCCAAGUGCUAUGUGAUCCUGUGCCGCCCAGAACUCAACAGCACGGAGCACUUCCAGGCCUCCAUCCAGGACUACACCAGGCGCUGUGGCUCCACCUGACCCCUGGGUCAGGCAGGACCAAGCUAGGGCGGAGCGGACUGAAAGUGUCCACUGCUCUGAGGGUCGAAGGUGGAGUGCGGCGCUCAGGACCUGGGGUGUCGGGGAGGCCUUUGGGCUCCUUAGCCUUGGCUGGGGAAGUGUAAGUCCAAGGGAGAGCUCAGUCCGGGCUCCAAUAAACAGGUGAAAUGUGCUGCUUUGCUGGGCUUCCUCUCUAGGGUGAGGGUGGGGCGCUGCCGCUUCAAACCUGAAGGCGCCGCGACGGGAGAAAUGCAACCGGAACCUUAGGAUUCUGCCAGAGCUGGGCGAACAGCCAAUGUCCUGCUUGGCGUUGCUAGGCAACUCCGGGAGGCGGGCCCAGCUACGGUGGAAAGGGGCUGGUCCCGCCUCCCCAAGCAUCUCAUUGGGUAUUCUCUACUUGGUACCGCCUCCAGAAGCCGGAGGUAAAGGCCUGCUCUUCCGAGGCGUCUCAACCCGGCCGGCGCGUCCUGACGUCACGUCCGGCGGCGGCGGUGGCGGCGGCAGCGGCGUC